GUAAUCUUUAAAGAAGUCGGUCGAUUCCAAAUUGAGCGAACGCAAUUACGCCCCAGAACAUAAAAACUCCCCUUUCUUGAUCGCUUCAUUCGUCCAGGAUGACUAUCAAAGCUUUUCCCCUGUCAGAAGUGCUGGCGGUUUCGGGUAUCCAUCCGUUCUACAACCCCAAUAUACUCUACCCACCUAAUCCUGAUGAAAUCCAGUCUGCUGUGCAAUCAGCAGACGCACGUUCUACGGAGACUAUGAGUAGUAGGCUCGAGCUGCUACCACUGACUACCAAGAAGGAACUCUAUCAGGUUGUCGAGCGAUUGACCAAGGACACGAGCCCGCAGAAUGAGUACCGUCGUAGCUCUUACGUCAGCAUCACAGGUGGUGGUUCUGGGGGAUUACCGUUGAUGUUUUUGUCUGAUGCAAAAGAGAAUCGUCAACAGCGUGCUGCGUUUGGCGAGUUUCUGAGGACUUCGGGGGUUGUGGACCCGCAUGAUUGGAUCCUGACAACGCAUGCCUCGGGUUAUAUGUAUAGGUCGCUUGACCUCAUGAGUGAAAUUCUGGAAAAUGCAGGAGGGACGGUUUUCAGCGCGGGUAAUUUCAUGACACCUGACGAAGUUGUGCGCGCCCUUGUGCAAUACAAUAUCAACGUUUUGACUGGCGAUGGCAGUCAAGUCAUUCAGAUUAUUCACCAUAUUUCGACCCUUCCUGAGGAGAAGCGAGACGGAAUCAAGCUGACGAAAGUGAUCUACACAUCUGAGCCGCUUACUGACGGUCAGGAAAGACAUAUUCGCACGACACUUGGCCCGGUCAAGAUAUGCUCCGUCUUGGGAAGUGCAGAAGCAGGCCCAUAUGCACUCCAUAAUCCAGAUCUCACUGGGGAAGCACGGCUGAAUGGCUCUAUGGACUUCGUUUUUGACACACGCAGCGACCUCAUCGAGAUCCUGCCUACUUCCGUCAUGGAAAGUGAUCCUCCCCCUAGCUUAAAGGCCAUCCCGGAAGGUCAAGAAGGUAUCAUUGUCCAGACAUCCUUGCAACGUCGGCGCAAUCCUCUUGUGCGCUACAUCACUGGCGAUAUCGCAUCCGUCCAUCCGUUGCCAGACAUUGCGCGGUCCAUUGUUCCAGAAUCUGAACUUCAACAUCUUCGGGUUCUACGACUUCGAGGUCGUGACCGUCGGUUUAGUUUCAAGUGGUAUGGGGUGUAUUUUGAAUUUACAAACAUUGAGAAGUUCAUGCAGAGAGAAGGAUUCGGAAUCUUACAAUGGCAGAUUAUCAGAGGGACCCAUGAUUCCUCCCCGCAGAUAACCCUUGAGAUUAGGAUGCUUAGGGAGGCAGCUAGCGAGCACUUGAUUUCUCUACAGGAUUUCGUCUAUGAGAUGGAGACUUUUUUCUUUGUCCUGCCAGAAAACCGUCAUUUGUUUCGGCUGACAUUUAUUGAGAAUUUGGGUGAGUUCGAGAAGAGCGGUACAGGGAAUAAAGUGAUGAAGUUUGUGGAUAGAGCACAUUAGCUCGCUUAGGAUAUGAUUCUGUGUGUCAGUCAAAUGAUCCACGACGCGUACGCACAGUCACUAUUACCAUGGAACUACCUAGCUG